UGAAAUGAUGAAUUUCCUCUUGUAAUUUAUCAAUACUAAUUUAAUAGGCAUACAAUUCGAAUCAUAUAUCCAUUAAUACAAUCCUUCAAAGUACUCAAGAACAAGGAUAAGGAGGGACAACAAACUUUGUUAAAAUAUUGGUGCAUAAAUUGGAUGAUAUCCCUUUUAGAUAUUGUUCUUGAAAUAGUUUUGAAUGAGUAUUUAAAUAUUUAAACCUAGUUUGUUGGUUGACAUAGUCUUAGUUUCAUUGGCAAUAGGAUUGAUUUAUAACAACUUUAAAUUUUCAGCUGCAAUAUUCAAUAACUCAAUCUAGCCAUUUAUAUAUUAACAUGAGAAGAAGAUAGAGCAAUUCUUUUCCUUCGUAUUAAUCACAUUUAUCAUUUUUAUAAUAGAUAGAUGACAAAGUCAAAAGUGUAUGGGAUAAAUCAUCAAACUCCAUUGAAAAUGCAGCAAAGGAAAAAAUCGGAGAGGUAGUUGCCGAUCAAUUUAAAAAAAAAUGAAUUCUGUUAUAUAUAGAAAUAUCAC